GGCGAUUAUUAAGCUUCUCAUCAAGAAUGGUAAUGAAUGGAUUUAUCUGAUAUUAUCCUAGGAAUACAAAGGUUUUGACAAUCGUUAACGCAAAGGACCCGGGGGAAGGGAUCGAACUGUAUCCUCUGAAUCUCUUGUUCAGCAAUCUCAUUAUACUUCAGAUUUGACUAAUUCAAAAACUUCAGGCGUGAGGGGAUAAGAUAAGUGGAAAAUCUCCUCCAUACUUUCUCCACAAGCCUUGAUUUGAGGGCAAAUUGCGGCAUAACAGUAAAAUAUAAAGUGAGAAUGAUCGGUCCCUUUGAAAUUUCAAUUAAAAUUUGUGGUGGUUCAUGACUCUUCAAUCGGAAAGUUUUUCGAAAAGUUCACUAGAACAUUAUCACACGUUUACACUGUUUUGCACACAUGGAGUCUACAACUGGAGAAAUGUAAUAUCAGGAUUAUUCCUGUGUUGAAAAGAAACAGAAAAGACGUAUUCACAUUUGGUACUCAAUCACAUUCCCCACUAUGCUGUUAGAAGGACUACUCCUUAGUGUGGUGCUCUUACAUCUGAAUCUCUGCCCAUUUACCAAGGUGGAAGAGAGUUUCAACCUUCAGGCCAUGCAUGACAUACUAUUCCAUAGAACAAACCUGACAGCUUAUGAUCACUUGGAGUUUCCAGGCGUCGUCCCAAGAACAUUUAUCGGACCUUUAAUUGUCAGUGCAGUAUCUUCGCCUAUUGUGUACUUGAUCAAUUUAUUAGAGCUUGGGAAAUUUCCUGUUCAGAUCGCAGUUCGAGGAUCAUUAGGUGUCUUAGUUGUGAUGGCAUUGUUGCGUUAUGUGAGAUCAGUCAGGAGACUUUAUGGGAAAUCUGUCGCACGCUGGACUAUUGCAAUAUUGGCAUCACAGUUUCAUCUUAUAUUUUACUCAACCCGUCCACUUCCAAAUAUAUAUGCAUUUAUCAUUGUAAUGUAUGCAGUUUCAGCAUGGAUGGAAAAGAAAAAUGGACAGUUCAUUUGGAGUUCAGCAUUCGCAAUAAUAACAUUCCGGUCUGAACUCUGCCUGUUGCUAGGAUUGAUGUUACUAAUUGGAAUUAUAAGAGGGAGGAUAAGCAUUGGAACAACUUUAUACUAUGCCAUUCCAGCCGGGAUUGUAUGUCUUGGAUGUACAAUUUUAAUUGACUCUGUGUUCUGGCAGCGUUGGUUAUGGCCUGAAGGGGAAGUGUUGUAUUAUAAUACAGUACUCAACAAGAGCUCCAACUGGGGAGUGAUGCCUUUCUGGUGGUAUUUCACAUCUGCUAUGCCUCGUGCGCUUGGUGCAAGUAUCGUUCUUGUUGCUAUAGGAAUAUACUACCAAUCAAAACUGUUUGAUCUUAUAGUCUCAGGGUUGCUUUUCGUGUUUCUCUAUUCAUUCCUGCCUCACAAGGAGUUACGAUUUAUAAUCUAUGUUAUUCCUAUUUUGAAUACAGCAGCGGCAGUAACUUGUGAUCAUUUAUGGAAAAAUCGUAAUAAAUCUAUAUUUCGCUACCUGCUUGGACUUGGGGUAUUGGCGCAUAUUUUUCUUAAUAUUGGCCUGACUGGUUUUAGUACAUAUGUGUCAAAAUAUAAUUAUCCUGGAGGGGAAGCCAUGGUAAGACUACAUACCACAGUUCCUGUAAAUCAUUCAUUGAAUCUACAUAUAGAUGUCAUGUCCGCUCAAACGGGAAUAUCGCGAUUUCUUCAAUUAAAUGAUGAUUGGAUUUAUAGCAAAGAAGAAAAUUUGAAAGCUGGAAGUAGCGCAAUGAUGCAGUUUUCACAUUUGCUUAUAGGUGUCACUAGUGAUGAACAAACUGAACUUUUACCAUAUAAGGAGACACAUAAAGUCAUUUUUGCAAUAAAAGCAUUUGAAAAGAUUAGUUUUGACAGGACAAAAUUUCCUUUCAUUUCAAUCAAGUUUAAAAACAAAAUAUUUUUACUUGAGAAAGUAUAAUAGUAUUUGUGCCAUAUGAAUUUUAUGAUAAAAAAAUUGUAAUUUAUUGAUAUCAUUAUUUUAUAGAUACAGAAUAUGAUUGAAAUGAGUUGAUAUAAAUUAUAUUAAGAGAUAGUUAGAAAAUAGGGAUGAGUAAUGUAUAUGAAGAAAUGUCACCUUUAUUGAUUUUAUUGUAUCAUAGAUUGACUUCAAAUCUGUACAAAUGUCAAGGUUAAUCAGAUAUCAGGUCUUCGAGCUGAUUUACUUCUCAGUGGCCUUUGUAAACUCGACCUGUGUAAGUGGAACAGCAUGCAUAACAACUUUCAAUAUCACUAUUUUGAGGUUCCAAAGGUGUUUUACUUACAUACACCCUGUUCAGGAAAUAAAAACAAUAAUGUCAUAAUUUUUUUAUUUCUUGUUCAUGGAUUUCGAUGAUAUUUAACAGGGAUUAUAUUUUCAACAUAUCUGAAUUUAUUUUUGAAGUUUCAGUCUCAAGGGAUUUCAUUGGUCAAUUCUGUGGUUGUCAUAGCAACGCUAGUAGUGCAAAGGUGGGGCAGCUGGAAUAACAGCACUUAUUUUGUAUGUCUAACUGACCAUAUGAAAGUCAUCCUUACAAUAAAUUACAGUACUUUAAAUUUCGAAUAUUAUUGCUAUAUAUAUUUGGUAAGCACCCAAUUAACAAAAUAGUGUAUUGUACACACAAAAGAAACAACUAGGUUUGUAAUAAUACUAGCUAAAUAGAUAUGUUCAUAGAUAUUUAGAUUGUAAAGUGAUUGUAAAUCAGAUUCAAGAAAAUAGGAAUUGCCAAGGAAAAGUAGUAUUAGCUCAAUUGAGAAAAACAUAUCUUUUUUAACUCACUAGUACUUUUCCCUUGGUCUAUGGGAAUUACUGUACAUGUACAGUAAAACUUGUUUUAGUGAGCACUUCUCUCAAGUGAACACUUAUGUCUAGUGAAUAUCUCUUCUCAGCACAUACUCCACUGAGUUCUGUAUAAAAUUGCUUAUGAAGCCAUAAAAAUGUGUUC